AUGGCGGGGGCAGGAUGGAUCUACAUGAAUGCUGAUAAUCAGGUGGUCAUGGCCAUGGCAGCACCAAUUGGAAUUGCACCAUCAUUGCUAGCUGAAACACGGGAUCUUCUCCUAGCAGUGAGAAUGACAACAACACAAGGCUGGAAGAACAUAUGGUUCGAAACAGACUCGACAACACUACUAAGUUUGAUCGAAAAUUCAGAUACUCAAACACCUUGGAUCAUUCGAAAUAUGUUAUCGGAAAUCCAUCAUUACCUCAAUACAAUAGAACAGUUCAAGAGCACACAUAUCUAUAGAGAGGCGAAUCAGGGUGUUGAUGGUUAG